AAAGAAAAUACAAAAUGCCAACUCUUUCUUCCUUUCGCCUAAUUAUUCCUUUCCUUCUCCUUGGCUUCUUUGCCUUCGCCACUCAAGCACAAGUCCCUGCAAACCAAACCUUCAAGUUCAUAAACGAAGGUGAAUUCGGAGACCGGAUUAUCGAGUACGACGCAAACUACCGUGUGAUCCGAAACAACGUUUACACUUUCUAUACCUUUCCCUUCCGCCUCUGCUUCUACAACACCACCCCAGAUGCCUACAUAUUCGCCAUCAGAGCUGGAAUUCCCAACGACGAAGGCGUCAUGCGCUGGGUUUGGGAUGCCAACCGCCACCGGCCGGUUCGCGAAAACGCAACCCUCUCUUUUGGGAGGGACGGAAACUUGGUGCUCGCCGACGUGGACGCGCGCGUGGCGUGGCAAACGAACACGGCCAAUAAGGGCGUGACCGGCAUCAAGUUACUCCCCAACGGAAACUUGGUGCUUCACGACAAGAAUGGAAGAUUCGUUUGGCAAAGCUUUGAUCACCCUACUGACACUCUUCUAGUUGGGCAGUCCGUGAGAAUCAACGGCCAGAACAAGCUUGUUAGCCGUACAUCUGACGUGGACCCCUCCGACGGGCCGUAUAGCAUUGUUCUUGACCACAAAGGGUUCACCAUGUACCUCAACAACUCCGGUCAGCUUCUUACUUACGGUGGCUGGCCGGGCAGAGACUUUGGCAGCACUGUCACCUUUGAUGCGGUGCCGGAGAAUGACAAUGCUACCGCUUACGAGCUCGUCCUUACCAUAAACCAAGACACUAAUGCUCCACCUCCACCACCAAGCCGCCGGCGCCGCCUCCUGCAAGCACGCCCGACCCAAAACGGACAGCAACUCAACCUGAACAAGCUCAAUUACAAUGCCACGUAUUCAUACCUGAGGCUUGGCUCCGAUGGCAAUCUCAAGGCCACCACAUACUACGACAAAGUCAGUUACUUACGAUGGGAAGAGAGCUUUGCGUUCUUUUCUCAAUAUUUCGUGAGAGAAUGCGCGCUGCCGUCAAAGUGUGGAGAGUACGGAUUAUGCGACCGGCGGAUGUGCGUGGCGUGCCCGAGCCCGAAAGGUCUUCUGGGUUGGAGCGACAGCUGCGCGCCGCCGAAGUUGGCGCCGUGCAAGAGCGGCGGCGGAACAAAGCAGGCACAGUACUAUAAGAUUGUGGGCGUGGAGCAUUUCUUGAACCCGUAUCUGGAAGACGGUGAGCGUCCGGUGAAGAUUCGGGAGUGCCGGGAGAAGUGUGACAAGGACUGUAAGUGUGUAGGUUUCUUUUACAAGGAAGAUACUUCCAAGUGUUUGCUCGCUCCACUGCUUGGGACUCUCAUCAAAGAUGUCAACACUUCUGUGGGAUACAUCAAGUACUCAAACUAGAAGAUUUUAUGCUUUCGUAUUUUGUAUUUAUUAAUAAACGACUAAGUUCGGUCCAUUUUCUUUGAAGGUUUAUGGAUUUUUCUUAAUUAUCAAGGAUGUCUAAGUUGGAUUAUGAUUAAUGGGAAAAAUCAUAUUCAAUCUCUAA